AAAAUAGAGAAGUUACAACUUGUUUUAUACACUUUCUAAGAUCCUUGAAACGUUAAAAUCUUGCAUGUGCGUGUAAAAGAUUCGUGUCUAAUCAACAUUACAAUAACAAAGAAUUAUUCGUUAAAAGAAAAAAAUCAAGUUAGAGCAAAUCUGAAAAAUAUAGCAGAUGAAAGAAAUAAAGAGAGCUACAAGUUAAUGCCCGCUAGCAUGAAUAUGAAUACGACGGCCUAACAUAACCUAAUUUUAAACAGCUCACGCGACCGACCAGCCAAUUAUCUGCCACGUUUCAAAGUGGUCAGAUUUGUCACGUAAAGAUAUCGUGCUUCCUGCAUAUUAUUAUAUCGCGCCGCGCGCAAAUUUCCUCCUCUGUCAUCGAGAAAAAUGCAAAUAUUACGGCAAUUAGACGUGCAUCCAAAAGUGCGCGAAGAGGCGGAUAUUCUUGUGAGAACUUUUAGCGGUGCCAUCGUUACAGUUAUUAGUACAAUCAUUAUGGGUAUAUUGCUCAUGUCAGAGAUAAAUUAUUAUCUCACACCAAGUAUGAGCGAGGAAUUAUUUGUAGAUACAUCCAGAGGUUCUAAAUUGAGAAUCAAUUUGGAUAUAAUAGUUCCUGUCAUAUCCUGUGAUCUUUUGUCAAUAGAUGCUAUGGAUACAACUGGUGAACAGCAUCUGCAUAUAGAACACAACAUUUUUAAAAGACGGUUAGAUUUAAAUGGAAAACCCAUAGAGGAUCCACAAAGGACGAAUAUCACAGAUUCUAAAGCUGUCAAUAAAACUGCAGAGAAGGCAUUGGAGAUCGGUUCCACAGAAUCUUGUGGAGACUGCUAUGGAGCAGCCACAGAGACGCUGAGAUGUUGCAAUACUUGUGAGGAAGUACGAGAAGCGUAUAAACUCAAAAAGUGGGCUCCACCAGAUCCAGCUAAUAUUAAACAGUGUAAAGAUGACAAAUCUAUGGAAAAAAUCAAACAUGCCUUCACACAAGGCUGCCAAAUCUAUGGUUAUAUGGAAGUGAAUAGAGUCGGUGGGAGUUUUCACAUUGCACCAGGCGACAGUUUUUCAGUGAAUCACGUUCACGUACACGAUGUUCAGCCUUACACUUCGACUCAUUUCAAUAUGACACAUAAAAUUAGACAUUUAAGCUUUGGUCUCAAUAUCCCAGGAAAAACAAAUCCUAUGGAUGAUACAACUGUGAUUGCCACGGAAGGCGCCAUGAUGUUUUAUCAUUAUAUUAAAAUCGUUCCAACGACGUAUGUUCGCACGGAUGGCUCGACCCUUUUCACAAAUCAAUUUUCCGUAACACGGCAUGCGAAGCAAGUAUCUUUAUUUACCGGUGAAUCCGGAAUGCCAGGUAUAUUCUUCAGCUACGAAUUGAGCCCACUCAUGGUAAAGUAUACGGAGAAAGCAAAAUCGUUCGGACACUUUGCGACAAAUACUUGCGCCAUUAUUGGCGGUGUAUUUACCGUAGCUGGACUGAUUGAUUCGUUGCUCUAUCAUUCGGUGCGCGCGAUACAAAAGAAGAUAGAGUUAGGAAAAUAUUAUUAAUAACUUGGAUCUGAUUACAGCAACGUUAAUUGUCACUUUUGUUCUCUCUUUUAUUGAUAUAAACAUUUAAAAUGGUAUCAAUAAACCUGAACAAUUUUUAUAUUUUCAAAUAAACAAGAUGUGGUGCUGAAAAUAGAUUAGCAUUAAUCGUUGAUGCAACACGAUCUUAGGAGAAUAAUUAAUAAAUAGAGUUAAAAAAAGUACUAUUAAGACUUACACUAUGCUUCAUUUUCCAUUAUAAAAAAAAAAUCUGAAUUAUCAUUGUGCUGCAUUUAGUACAGUUAUCGAGCCUCAUUUAUAUUAAAAGUUUCGCAAACAUUAGGUAAAUAAAAUUCAGAACCAUUUGACGAUAUUUAGUGUUAUUUGUGCGAUACUAUUAUUCUUCUUUUUG